GUUCUUACCUUUCCUUUGGGUGGUGAUUUUUUUGCCAUAUAAUUUCAUGGGAUGUUCUUAAAAACUACGUCAACUAAGUACAUUUUUAUGUAGUAAGGUGGGAUGGAAUGGCACUAGUUUUUACAGUGGGAAAAAAAGCACCCUGCUUUUUUAAUAUUGUUUGCUGUAGUAUUUUUUUUAAGUCUGCAUUUCAAGACUCUUAAUCUUGAAUUUCAAAUGAUUAAGUUAUGACCGUUUGUAUUGCAAUAUUUAAAAUAUUUGCAUAGAAUUUGCUCUCUCGCAAUUCUGUUUAUCAAAAGUGCUCUUUCUGAAUUGUUAACUAUUAGACAUUUUACAGGCAUACGACCAUUAAAGUGUGUUUCUACUAUAAGCUACGGUUGUAUACCAUGUAGAAGUCUGUUGCUCAAGAGCAAAAUGUCAUAUUGCACUUCAGAUUAGUUCUAGAUUUUUCUACAUUUUCUAGAUUUUUCUACAUUUUCCUAGAUUUUGUUGCACACUUUUCAUGGUCACGUUUGACCACAAGGCAUGGCCAAUACUGAUUUAUUUCCACUAGGUUGUACAGUUUAAUUAUAUUGUCCUACUCUGACCAAUAACCUGCUUUGGUAAUUAAUUUAUGCUGCACCAUGCCACUGGAUGAUACAUGGUCACCCUACUUGGGUUUUAUAUCUACUGCAUUACAACUUUAGUACCUGAACUCCAUAUUAUACACUCUAAGGCCUAAUGUAUGUGGACACCUCACCAUCAUACCGAUAUGUGCUUGUUAAACAUCUCAUUCCAAAGUCAGUCCCCCCCUUUGCUGUUAUAAUAACUUCCACUCUUCUGGGAAGCUUUUCCUCUAAAUUUUGAAGUGUGGUUGUAGGGAUUUGUGAUCAUUCAGCCACCGGAGCGUUAGUGAAGCUUGGUGCACAGUCAGCAUUCCAGUGCAUUGUGAAGGUGUUCAGUGGGGUUGAGGUCAGGGCUCUGUGGAGGCCACUCGAGUUCUUCCACACCAAUCUUGGCAAACCAUGUCUUCAUGAAGCUUGGGCAUUGUCAGGGGCAUUGUCACGCUGGAAAAGGUUUGGGCCUCAUAGUUCCAGUAAGGAAAAUCAAUGCUUCAAUGCUUCAAACAUUGUGUCAGCAAUUCUGUGGUUAUCAGUGAAAGACAACUUGCUUCAUCACGCUUCGUCACGUGUGCCUUCAUUUUGGAAGAUCAAAACACUUCCCUGAGUUUUGGGGAAAUUUACUACAACCUUCUCCUGUAGCUAAAUUGAAUUACAUGACCUUCCAAUAUUCUCAAAUGAGUAUCUGUUAUAAUGCUUUAUAAAAUCAGAUACUGAUAAAAAUCAAUAUUUUUUCACUAAAUAAGCGAUUGUACCAGAAAUCACAAAUUAAGAUUUCAGUCAAAAUUUCUGAUGUCUCGAGUUUGCAAGAUACCAGGUCAGUGUUACAGUUAACUGAUCCCUGUCCCCUGUCUAAUUUGAGCCAUGCAUGUGUAGUGCCAGUUGGGGUGGGGACACGGUUCAGGCAGCGAUGAUUAUGUCUGAUCUAUACCACAUAUGUGUUUAUGGUUUAUGGCUUGAUGCAAACCGCCUCACAUUUGCAAGAUUUUACGUUACAAAACCUGCAUGUGCCCUGUUAAAAUGUAUAAAUGCAAACCCCACAUUAUGAACUUUUAUCAUAAUAUAAAAGGUAUAAUGUUUUAAAAGUCUGUUAUUUUUAAUAGGAUUGAGUAUGGUGGUUAAACUUCCAAAGUUUUGCUUUCUCGAAAAAUAUAUUUAAGAUUAACUGAUUAAGAGAAUUUUUGUCUAGCCCUUACUUAAUAAGGAAUAUUAUUUCCAAUUUUGUUUUCAAAGAGCAUGGUCUCAAGUCUUUUUGGUAUUGGGCACUGGGGACAUUGAUGUGGUGUGCAGAAAGUCUCUGUAGCCAGUGAAAAAACUGGCUCAUAGUUGCCUCAUUUUUUGUGAUUGCAGAGGUCUUGUUGGCAUUCUACAUUUUUAUAUAUUUUUCUUAAAGUUUAUUAGUCAAAAAGAUGUCUAGUUUUGCUAUCCAAUGUCAUUCAGCAUAAUUUUACAUUAUGUUUGCAAUAUUUAUUUUUAUUCAUGUCCAAGGAUCUUGUUCUAUAGAUAUAAUGUUAAGAUAUGGAAAUAUGUUGUCAUUCUCAUCCUGUGGUAUGUAGGUUGUUCUGUAUAUGCAGCAGGUUAAUGGAAGAAGCACUUUAGGAAAGUUUUGCUCAUAUGAUGAAGAACUUGGAAAACACUUUCUGUUGCUGAGGAUGGCCCCACAUGGACGGCUUAAAGAUACAUGAGAUUACUGAGGAUAGUACCAUUUAAAAACCAUGAAGAUGGCUUAGGACUGCAAUUAAUACAAACAGUUUUGCAGUCCAGACUCCAUCAGUAAACAGUUUGAUAAUGUCAACAAAAUAGACUUCAUAUGAAACCUAUAAUGAAUUUCUGAGUUACACAAUUGCACUUUUUGAACAUGUAGUACACAGUUAUAGAAGGGAAUUAUUUAUAAUUGCACUACUCCUUGUCAUCCAGAUGAGGAUGGGUUUCCUUUUGAGUCUGGUUCCCCUCAAGGUUUCUUCCUCAUAUCGUCUCAGGGAGUUUUUCCUUGCCACUGUCACAUCUGGCUCACUCAUUAGGGAUAAAUUUAUGAAUGAAUUUGUUUAAAAUUCAUAUCCUGAAUUUAUAUAUUUCCGUAGAGCCGCUUUGUGCCAAUGGCCAUUGUUAAAAUCGCUAUACGAAUAAAAUUGAAUUGAAUUGAACGUAUAAUGAAAGUCAUGCAUACAUUUUUUUCACUUGUCCUAUCUCACUGAUUUCAUGUGGCUCUUGUAUUAAAAUACAAAACCAAACUUUUUUAAUAAAGCGUACAUUUGAUUAAAACUAUUCCCUUUGUCACUGUAAUUAUGUUAUAUUAAGGAACUGUCAGAGUGUGAAAUAUACAGAACCCAGUAUUAGCCAAAGAAUCCAGAAACUUAUCAAACUUUUUUUUUUUGCACGUUCUAUUGUGUUAAAGUCCAACCACGGCUGUGCAUUAUAGAUGAAACAUUAUUUUCUGAAAAUCUAAUGACAGGGCCAGUUGUAUUGGAGGCUACAUUUAUAAAGCACUGCAUCUUAGAUUUUCUUUAUGAUAAUAUUUCAACAGGUUUAUUUUUAAUCAUGCUGCAAAGAAUUUUGCUGAGAGAAAAUAUCACAAGUUUCGAAUAUAAGGCUCAUCUGCAAAGCCAGUAAAUGUGUUUUCCUUCGGCACCAGAGAGAUGAAGCAAAUGGGCUUUCACUGAUAACAACAGGAUUACCGAGCGCGUCUAGUAUGGUGAAGCCAGAGGCGCCCUUCUCCGUGCGGGCAGUGCCACUAACAGCUUGUGGCCAUGCUUCAAUAUUUGUCGUGCUGGAAGUGAUAAAGGGCUGUUUCUCUACAUAUUUAAACUUUGUUACAGUGGAGAAAGGUGAGUUCCAAAUUUUGAUUAACUAAGCAUAAAUUUUCUCGAUCUUUAUUGCAUAUUUAAGCUCUAUUAAUGAAAAAAAUAUUGUUUUUCUCUUUUCCUACUGAUAUAUAUUGUGGAUUAAUGUCUUUCUUAAAACUGAGAAAAACGCUAACAAUUUUUUUGUUAAACGUGGUUCGUCUAAACUGGUUGUAUUAAUCUUAACUUCUCCUAAGCCAGUAGAUAAAAUGCAUCUAAAAUAAAAAAAAAAGAUAAAUAAAUAAAUUUAAAAAAAAUCCGCACCUCGGUCAGCUCCUGUCCCUGUAGUAACCAUGGCUAAGUUGUCGGUAUAAUAUACCAUGUAAUACUACGGUUCUUUUCUCUUGCUAGAGUUUACAGGUUUCUGUCGCCUUUUUUUUUUUCAUUCAUAAUACUCUAAUAUGUUUAAAGGCAUAAUGAUAGAUUAAUUACUAUGAAUGUAAUUGUUAUGACAGUUUACUGUUAUAUUAUGGACGAAUGAUAUAUCCAUCUAUUUAUUCAUAUAUUUAUAAGGUUGUUGCAAAAAAAAAGACGAGACAGUAAACUGCUUUAAUUAUUGGCAUUCUUAUAACGUCAGUGUGGAUAAAUAGCUAGAUAUGGUUAAAAGAUUAUGACUGUAAUUAGUAUAAUUAACAAUUAUUAUUAGAUGGAUAGUUUAUAUCCAUUUAUGGAUUCGUUAUUUUAUACAUUAAUUCGUUUGAAGGGAAACAGUAAUGACUGGAGAAAAUUGACUGCAAUAUACCAAAAAUACUCAAAGCGUCGCUGUUCACCUACGGAGUAAAAUUUAAUAAACCUCUCCACCCAUUUCAUGUCGUCUUCCAGCUCCUCCUGACAUCGACAAACCUUGCUGCAUUUGGCUGUUUAUUGUCAGCGAAAAUUCCGACUAGACGACAGUAAUUAGAUACAUUUAUAACACAGCAGGGACAUUUUAAUGUUGCUAGGAUGGACCGGAAGAUAGGAUUGUAUGAGCUAUUAUUUAUUCUUGGCUUUAUUUUCGUUUUUCUUCAUCCUGUUUAUGGAGAUUUGAGCUACACUGUUCCGGAGGAAACGAAGCGUCAGUAUGUGAUUGGACAUUUAGCAAAGGAUCUCGGACUUGAUGGCAAACGUUUGUCUGCUCGUAAGGCUCGGGUGGAGACAGAGGACAGCGCGAAACGGUACUGCGACAUUAAUCUGAGUAGUGGAAAUCUGGUCGUGGCGGAAACAAUAGACCGAGAGGAGCUUUGUGGAUCGAGAAUUUCUUGCAUUCUUUAUUACGAGCUUGUGUUGGAAAAUCCUCUGGAAGUGCAUCGCAUUUCACUGCAGAUUGAGGAUGUAAACGAUAACUCUCCUCUUUUUCCUAAUGAGCGUAUCAGCUUUGAAAUUAGAGAGUCGGCUGACAAAGGCGAGCGUUUCCCUUUGGAAGAAGCUCAUGACUUGGACAUAGGACGUAAUGCAGUUCAAGGAUAUUCACUUGAAAAAAAUGAACACUUCGUUUUAUCUGUGCAUGAGAACGCGGACGGAGGAAAAUCUGCUACUUUGGUCCUGGAGAAAGAGCUCGAUCGUGAAAAGCAGAAAGACAUUCAUUUAAUUCUUACCGCAUUUGAUGGUGGUAAUCCACCGAAAUCAGGGACAGCUGUUAUACAUGUUACUGUUCUGGACGCCAAUGACAAUAUUCCUGUGUUUAGUCAACCUGUGUACAGAGUGAGUCUAGCUGAAAACACGCCUUUAGGCACGGAGGUGAUUACAGUCAGCGCUACUGAUGCUGAUGAAGGAGCCAAUGGUGACGUCACAUAUGAGCUCAGUCGUUUAUCUGAUAAAUCAGCAAAAUUAUUUUCCCUUGAUAAAGUCACUGGACAGAUCACGGUGAGUGGCAACAUCGAUUACGAAAAGGAAAAAUAUUAUGAAAUGAGAGUACAGGCCAAAGAUGGUCCUGGCUUAGUAUCAUCUGUUAAAAUUAUUAUAGACAUCACUGACAUCAAUGACAAUGAACCUCGAAUUAUUCUUAAAUUAUUAAACGAUCCAGUACCUGAGAACUCUGCAGCAGGCACUGAGGUAGCCAUUAUUAAUGUUCAGGACAAAGAUUCAGGAGAUAAUCGACAGGUACAUUGUUAUAUUCAGCAAAAAGUGCCUUUCAAAUUAACUCCAUCAAUCAAAAACUACUUUUCUUUAGUAACCACAAGCAUGCUGGACCGAGAGAAAGCAUCAGAUUACAACAUAACAAUCACUGCUACUGAUGGAGGCUCUCCACCUUUAUCUUCAUCCAUGACCAUUCAUCUAUCUGUAUCAGAUAUCAAUGAUAAUCCUCCUGUAUUUGAUCAGCAAUCCUACACUGCAUAUGUAGUGGAAAAUAACAAACCAGGAACCUCUAUUAGUUCUGUUACUGCAAGAGACCCAGACUGGAGGCAGAACGGUACAGUCCUGUAUUCUCUGCUGCCCAGUGAGAUAAACGGUGUUCCAGUGUCCUCAUUUUUAUCCAUUAAUUCAGAUACAGGAGUGAUCCAUGCUGUCAGGUCAUUUGACUAUGAGAAGUUCAGAAACUUUAAAGUCCAGGUCGUAGCCAGAGACAAUGGUUCUCCUCCACUCAGCAGCAACGUGACUGUGAGUGUGUUCAUAUCAGAUGAGAAUGAUAACUCUCCACAGAUAUUAUACCCUGCUCCAGAGGGAAAGUCUUUAAUGACUGAGAUGGUCCCUAAAGCUGCUCUCUCUGGCUCUCUGCUCUCCAAAGUCAUCGCUGUGGAUGCUGACUCUGGACAGAACGCGUGGCUGUCCUAUCACAUUGUCAAAUCUACUGAUCCGGGACUUUUCACUAUUGGGCUCCAUAGUGGAGAGAUCAGGGCUCAGAGGGACAUUACUGAAUCUGACAGCAUGAAACAGAACCUUGUUAUCUCAGUCAAAGAUAACGGACAGCCGCCUCUCUCUGCUACCUGUUCUGUAUAUUUACUGAUUUCUGAUAAUCUUGCUGAAGUUCCAGAACUGAAAGACAUGACUUAUGAGGAGAGCAAUUCCAAACUGACUUUUUACUUGAUCAUCGCGCUAGUUUCCGUGUCCACCUUCUUUCUGACUUUCAUUAUUCUCAUCCUGGCUGUGAGGUUUUGUCACAGGAGAAAGCCCAGACUGUUGUUUGAUGGAGCAGUCGCCAUUCCCAGCGCCUAUCUCCCUCCCAACUAUGCAGAGGUGGAGGGAGCUGGAACUCUGCGCACUUCUUACAAUUAUGACACGUAUCUAACAACAGGAUCACGCACCAGUGACUUCAAGUUCAUCACAUCUUACAAUGACAAUACUCUUACUGCUGGUGGAACUCUGAAAAUGGCCCAAAAUGACACUUUAGAUGCGACCUUGAUUGCACUUAACAACACAACUGAUGAUGAUGAGGUGAGAAAACUGUGUCCUCUCUUCAUGGUAGAUUUUUUUUUUUUUGCUAGCUUGCAGUGUUGAAUUUCAAAAUGAAUUUUGAUACAUUUUUUUCUCAAUUCAAAGGAAUGCAUUUUUUUCAGCUUGUAAACAGUAAUGAGAAUAACGAGUCUCUUUUUGAGGAAAAUUGUACAUUUCUUUGACUGAUCAUGUAUAUAGUGGCAUGGGCUUUUGGUAACAUUUACAUCAAGCAUGAUUUAAACAGUCCACUCUACACUGAAAAAGGAAGAGGAGGAGGAAGAGACAGAAUUAUGAAUUUCAUUAUGAUAUUUAUGUUCUUUUUUUUUUUUUUUUCUUUUUGGGCUUGAUUUUGGUCUUUUGUUACUGCAGACAUUUGUUUCUGUUGUUCCUUGUUACUGACUCAUGGCUUGUUUUGUGUGGCGCUUAACUGUUCGUGAGGAUACACAGAUAGUCCCAUUUUGAUAUUGGCAUCAAGGCCAGUAGCUGCACUGAAUACUUCCUAAUCAGAGCUUCUGAAGUAAUCUCUAAACUCCUCAAUGUCAUGUGUGGCUCAGGACACAAUGGUUUGAUUUUGCUUUGUUGAACUUCUGAUUAUAUUUUGGAAUACGGAGAAAUGUUGUGCGCUUGGACUUCCCUAGCAGUGCUCUCCUGAAUAAACAAAAGGCCAUUUUAGGUAAAAUAUAUUAACGCAUUAGUGUAUUGUUCUCUGUGAUGUGGCAUGUUACUUUUUGAUGUUUGCUGGAUAUUUCAAAUGUUAAAUUAUGCCUUAUUUAUUUCUUAAGGGUAUUUUUGUCAUUGUAAAGCUUACAUGUGAACAGACAAACACAUAUGCUGUUACCACUAGUUUCUCAAAUGUUUAUUUAUUUUUAUUCAUUUAUUGUUUUAAAUAGAGAAAGUCUAGGAGAUGAGACUUAUCUCAACACAUUCACAAACACAGAGCUGUCCGUGGUGCUGAAACACUGUUUUCCUCUGCUUACUCUGCUUUCUUACUUAGCUUAGGACAAUUGACAUGUGAAUGUUAUUUUGCUUGCCUCAUGCAUGAAUAAAAGAUGAAUAAAAAUGAAAUAUUAAGCAUCAUCAACAACAUAAAUAAUAAUAAUAAUAAUAAUAAUAAUAAUCAUAAUAAUAAUAUAAGGCAUGUUUCACGCCAAUCUAUCGUUUCGUAUUACAACGAAGCUCGACAAAUAUGCAUUCAUUAAUACCUAUGCUAUUGUAGCUAGAAAAUUUAACUUUCCUUCUAUCUCUUCUGGUGUCAUUCAUAAUUUAGGAGAAAAUAAUGUAAAUCAUUUUUUGUCCCGUAAAAAGCAAACAAAGAAUGAAGCGACAUCCAUGCAGUGUAGAUAAUUACUGCACCACUAAACUAUAAAAAACAAUUGUAAUUUACAGACCUUUAUUUUCCUCUCAUGGUAAAAUGUGCUUUAAAGCUAAAAUUCAGUACUAAAUGUGUUUAUCGACUGUUCUUUCAGAUCAUUUCUUAUUUCUGACGCAGUGCAGAAGACAAAGAAAAAAGAAAACAUUA